AUGCAAGAGCAAAUAGCCUCAAUAAAAGCAAGCAUUGAAAGACAUCCAGCAUUUGAAAAUGAAACUGAUCAAUGUCCAACAAAUGUUGGAAUGCAAAAAAGGAAACUUUAUUUUAGCGCCGAUUUCUUUGAACCUCAAUUAAUGGCUAAUCCACCGGUGUUAGCUGUGCAAUUUGUAUACGAACUACGGAAGAUGAUUGAUAUAGCCAAGGAUCGUAUUAGGAUGAAGCGACAUGUUCCGACCCUAACAACUAUUUCGGAAGAUAGUGAAAGCGACGAAUAUCUAGAAAUACCGCGACCACCAAGUCGGAUGAAUGAGCGUAUUGAUGAGCUUUCUCCAAAAUCUCUUAAUUCAGUGGAUUCUGGAUGUGAUUCGAUGAGUGAUGAGGAUGUUCAGAAUCAGCAAGUGUUAACACAAGAUCAUGAAUCAGAAUUGGAGCAAAUGCGGGAAAUGAAUAAAGGUGAAAAGUGGAAUGAGAUUGAAUUGGAAAGAAAAAAAAUGAAAAUAAGGAUAUGCAACCGGAUCCUUGUCAUCAAAAAGAUACCUACCACAUCUUCAUCUCGAGUAACUUUAGUGACAACAUCACAACGACUAAAUCCAAAACCUUUCUCAUCUACUGAUCUAUCCAAAACAAUUUAUGAGCAACAAAAUGGUACGAAUGCAUUGGUGGAAAAUUCCAUUUCAUCUACAGCAUCAAAACUGACAAAUUUGGUAUCAGCAAAACGCGAACCACCAAAUCUGAAACGUAUCCUGAAUAAUGUACCACCACCUUUACCGGAAACUACUCCACCAAGUACGCCACCAUCAUGCCGUAAUCGAUUAUAUAGCGGACGACGGAAAGCUUAUGCCGUUUUUCCAAAUAGUGAUUUGAUGCUUAAAAAAUCAUUACCAAGACGAUCAAAACGGCAACAACGAUUUGGAACUGCUACCGCAGUUGCCGUGCAAACAACAUUAUCAUUAUCACCGCUAUCACUAGCAUCAUCAUCUGUGUUACAAUCAUCACCACAAUCAUCAUCGUCAUCGUUGUCAUCAUCAUCAUCAUCGUCAUCAUCAACAUCAUCAUCAUUGUCUUGUGUAUCAUCUACUACGUAA